CAUCCUCCGGGUGCCGGGGUGCCGCUGCCUCCUUCAUUGAGAAAUCUGCUCCACCGCAGCAGGGAACACCUCUGACGCCUUCACACCUGUUCCGCACAACCGCCCCCUCCCUCUACAUUCCACCAAAACUAAAAAAAAGCUAAACGGAGGGAACAACCUGCUCAGGAACAAAAACAAAAAGGCUCUGACAAGAAUGGCUUCCGACCCGUCAUCACCUGCAGUGGAAGAGAGUGUUGAGGACGAGGAGGAUGAAGUAGACGUGAAUGUGGAAGAGGCCGAGAAUGGAACUGCUGGAAAAAUCCACACUCCCAGGGGGACCUUACUCACUCGCCGUGGGAUUACGCUGCGUGUGCUUCUUAAAGACAAAGUUAUCCAGCCGGGUGAAGGGCUACUCUCCAUUCACUAUUUAGGAAAGACAUUUGUGGGGGACCUACUGCCCGACGGGAAGAUCAGGUGGCAAGAAACCAGCCAGGUGUUCAACUCCCCCAGUGCCUGGGCCACACACUGCAAGAAACUGGUCAACCCAGCCAAGAAAUCGGGCUGUGGCUGGGCUUCCGUGAAGUAUAAGGGGCAGAAGCUGGAUCAGUACAAGACCUUGUGGCUGAGGGAGCAACAGCCACCCCUGCAGGCUGUGGAGAUGAAUUUGGCCAGUGAAGGGGAAGAUGAGGAAGUUCCUGAUGAGGAAGACUUUGAGAAUCGUGGAAGAAAGAACUCGAAGUUAAAUAAUCAGGUUAAGAAGGUGGAAGAACAGAACAAGAAGGUGCAAGCUAAAAGCCCUCAAGAUUCCAGUCUGACAGAUAAUGGACACAGCGUAAAGAAAGCUGGCAAAGAUCUUGGCCCUGUUCGAUAUUCUGAGAUUGGGAGCAGAGAUUCUGGGAGGGACCCUCAUACACUGGUUGAACUUACAUCAUUCACAUCUAUGAACAAGUUCCAGCCUUUUAACGUUGCGAUUUCAAGCAACGUGCUGCUGCUGGUGGAUUUUCAUUGCCACCUAACGACCAGUGAGGUGGUUGGCUACCUUGGAGGAAGGUGGGACACAAGCACACAAUUAUUGACAGUUCUCCGAGCUUUUCCAUGUCGAAUACGGCUUUCUGACAAGGAUUCUGCCUCUGCGGUUGAAGAAGAGAUUUGCCAGAACCUGUUCCUGAGAGGAUUGUCACUGGUUGGUUGGUACCACAGUCAUCCGUACACGAGCGCCCUGCCCUCCCUGCAAGACAUUGAUUCUCAGAUGGACUACCAGUUAAAACUACAAGGGACCACUAACAGUUUCCAGCCAUGUCUAGCACUUAUCUGUGGGCCUUAUCAUCAAGGGAGCAGCAACUUGGAAUCGAAAAUGUCUCCAUUUUGGGUUCUUCCUCCCCCAGAGCAAAAGCCCAAUGAUUAUGGCAUUCCUAUGGAGGUAGAGAUGACAUAUGUUCAGGAUACAUUUUUGACCUCUGAUGUCCUUCAUGAAAUGAUGCUGCUCCUGGAAUAUUAUAAGGCAGCUCCAGACAUUGUGAAGUUUAAGGACAAAUGGAAUGAGGAGACAACAUAUUUAGACAAAGUUAAAGGAUCCUUGGCCAAUAAAACACCAAAGGACCAAAACUUCUUAAAAGUUCUGGAACACAUUUAUAAUCAGCUGGAGGCCUGCAGUUAGUUAACCCCAGCUGGAUUAUCGGCAACACUGGAAAGGAACAAAGCUGGAAAAACGGAAGGAAUUAGGAAUGGUAAAUAUGGAAAGAGAUCAUCAGGCAGAAAUCCAAAUGUUAUUGUUUAGAGUUUUCUGGUUUUGAAUAGUUUUGUGAUAGAAACGGAAAGCAAAUAUUGACACCCGUUUAAGAUUAUGACCUAUUGGCAUCUAACCAUGAUAAAAUGGCAAUGAGCAUUCAGACCAUGAAAUGCUGAGAUCUUCAGUGACACUACAGUCAAGUAAUGGAUUGAAGAAUAUGGUGGGGGUAAUUUAUUUAAUUCCUUUCCCUUAUGUGCUGUCAUCCUGUAGCUUGUAUCUCUGGUGCAGGAUGAGCUGGACAUUUAGCGAUGGGUUAGAUGAAGAGGUCAAAUCUAUAAAGGUCUCUUGCUGAAAGGAGAUGGAAACAGGAGCUGCAGAGGACUAGUUACUGAUGCCUAGGUGAGACAGACUGGAGAGAAUUGGCUGCAUUGUUCUCAAACUUGAAAUGAGUCUAAUUUGGAAAAAGAAGUAUUUGGUUUUUUUUUGUUUGUUUAGUAAAAUAGUUACCCAUCUGCAUGGGUUGACAUGAGAUUUAUUGGAUUUGCCACUGUCGGAAUAGCCGGCAGAGAGUUUUACUACAUCUGCUUCUUUGCACAUGGGUGUAGGUGAGUUCAGGACCUUUUUUAACUGGAACAGUGAGCAGCAGCGAUCCAUAAUAGGGGGACAUCCAUCAUAUUUUAUGACACUUAGCUCAGCCCUCCUAACCAUUCCACAUUUCCUCUGAGCAGGUAAACUUUCUAACUUCAUGUGCUUUCUCUUCAUUGAGGUUUCACCGUUUAUUAAUCAAUACAUAGUAUAUUCACAAUGGCAUCUGGAGAAGGGUCAGACCCAGAAGCUGCAUUCCUCUUCCUAUUUAAUCCUCAUCAGAUUAGUUGCUUCAUAAACCCUGGAGUUCACAUCCACAAAGUACCCAACUGAGCAUGGCUCAGAAAUGCAGUGUUGUCUCCUGACAGAACAGCAAGGGAGAAACAAAAGCAAUAUGAUUUUAGUGAGAUUAUCUCAGUAUGCAUGAAGAACCAAUAGAAAUUGCCCGAAGCUGAUCUUAACAGCUGCUAUGGGUAGGUUUCAAGUGAGAAGAUGGGCAUGCACGGGGAAUCAGAGGCACAGGUCCAAGUACAGUCAGCAUUAUAGCAUUCUUGCAAUCCAAGUCCCCAGUCAUACAAAAGUAAAAUAAGUAAUAUCUUCGAAGCUGGAGUUCACUAUGGCUUCCGUCUCAACCCCAGCUGGACAAAUAUUUGUGUGACGCCUGUAACUGUGGUAAUUAAAAUUAAUUUUAGUGAGGCGGAUACCUCAAGGGUUUAUCAGCAAGAAUCAUUUUGAAACCAGUGAGUGAGAGGGCCAUGUAUUAAUGCAGAGAUCUCCAGGUGAAGCAAAAAAAAAACCCUAACAUCUUUCAAAGUUGCUGGUGAACGCAGAAGGCCAGGCAGCAUCUGUAGGAAGAGGUGCAGUCGACGUUUCAGACCUUGUCCCCAUUCCAACCUCACUCCUUCGGAAUGCUCUGCUCUCCACUCCCUCCGCACUAAUUUUCUUUCUUGCUGCGUUCACCAGCAACUUUGAUGUGUGUUGCUUGAAUUUCCAGCAUCUGCAGAAUUCCUGUUGUUUACCCUAACAUCUUACCAGUAUUCAGCAAAUCUUACUGAGCAACAAAGCAUUACUCUUGCAUUGUCGGAAUGGAAGAACUUCUGCCAAGUGUCGAUCAGAAUACUAAACUACUAGAUGUGUAAGAGUUGGAGUGUUUGCUGUUAAUAUUACCAAGAGCUGCAGUGCAUUGGCCUCAGCACUCCUAGAGCCAGCCAGAGAAAGUUCAGCCAGUUUGCAUCUUUUAUGGCAGUGCUAACUAUUGAAUGAAGUAACAUGGGACACUCAUUCUGCAGAUUCGUUUGGAAUAGGACCCUUGUGCUUGUGCUGGUGCUUUCUGGGGGAGAGCAAAGAAUCUCUGGGAUUGUUCAAGAAUGGAUAUUUAUAUUUAUUUAUACCUAAAAUGGCAUAAUUUUGGACGCCACCAUAGUCUUUCUGUGAAGACAUUUUUAAUCAACUCAAAUUGGUCUUCAUGCCUCAAAAACUCUUACCUCUGCUGAUUCAGUUUUAAAAGAGUACAGCCUACCUACUGAAUCUAUGCUAGUUUCAAACAGGGCAAUCCCAACAAUCCUUUUAUUUUUUUCCCCUGUAAUGUUGCAGCUUAAACUCCCCUCUAAUUCUUUUGCCAUUUGACUGCACUAAGGGGACACUUAACAUACUAGCACUUUGGGAUAUGGAAGGAAACCAAAGCACUCAGACCCACAUGUUCACAGGGAAAACAUGCAAAUUCCACAUAGGCAGCAGUCAAGGAUAAGACUGAAUUUGGAUCAUUGGGGCUGAGGCAGUACUGCUAACUGCUGCAUUCACAGUUCCAACCCACUUGCACACUCCCUCUGAUACUAAUGAAGCAAAAUCUACCACCUCAUACACUCCAUCCUUUUUAAACACUCCGUUUCUUGAAACUGGUGUAAUAUGCAGGGGCUGUUUUUGCUAUUAUAUUCUGGACCCAUAGCCACGAAUACAAAAAAAAUCAGAUCAAAGGUCAGCAAAAGUAUUUUCUUCGACCACCAGGUGGCACUGUGGCGUCCAAUUGGCUGUAAUGCUGCAGUAAUUGAAACAAGCUUGUAUGCUUUUCCAAAUGAAUGUGAUAUGCUGGGUUAAGGCAUGGAAAUUCCUCAAUAAAGUUUGCAAAGGGCAGUGCAUUGCAGCCAGGAAAUAUAGAUUCCCUUAUAACUAUCUUAUCUGUUUAAGAGGGUGCUAGUUAAGUUCACCAUCUGUGGAAACCAGAAAUGCAAAUUCUUGUGUGUGAAUUUUUGUAGGCAUUCCUCUUACAGGAAGUGAACUGCAGUUUUUCCAAAAACAGAUGUGGGACAAGAGUUGUUUUAGUAAUGCUCUAAUACUUGAGUCUUACUGAAAGUGGGUAUACCAUCAGCAGCUCUCCUCGGUAUGAAUAUCAUGGGGUUGAGAGAAGGGGACUGAGGUAAAAUAUUUCUGGUUGCUUUUGGUCCCUGCAAAUGCAUAGCAUUACCAAAACUGAUCUGUACCAUUAUUAUUAAAUAGUUAAUUUAUACAGUAAAGUCAUAGUUUUGUGUACAUUAAAUGUUUACUCAACUCUACAUUUGCAAGUUAAUGUAUACAACCUAAAAUAUGGUUACAGACUGCAUAUCGGGAUUUAGUUAGAAGUGAUGGUCCUUUUACUCCCCAUUUUGUUAAUACUAUCACUAGAUGUGGUGCUGAGAUCAGAUGAUUAAUCAAAUUGGUAGCAAUAAAGCAUAAGCAGUUCUAUUCACAGCAAUGCGUCCUUAUGAACAAAAUGGUUUACCAGUAAUUCAGCACUUCAGAAUUUUCAUACCGUGAAUGAACAACUUCGUAGAAUAACACUUUUUAAGAAGAUUUAUUCAGAUACCACUAACCUUGAUACCUGAAAAUUACAAGAGUUAAUUAUGAAAAACAUUUUCCAAUCUAGGGAAGCUGUUACAAUAACAAAGUAGCUUAAUUUGGCUGUAGUACUAAUACUUCUAAAAGUUAAAAUAUAAUCUUCUAAAGAUCUCAAAUGGAUUUGAGAAUCAGUUGAGAGGAAUUAAUCUUUAAUUAACUUCAUGUAGCAAUUACCAUGACAUGUGGGUGUUUAUUGAUCAUUCUAAGAUUUUCUAGAUCCUCUGACCUAUAUACCUCAGCUGAAUCUUUGUCAACCAUGAUUAUUAUAAUUUUACAACUACCUGUCAUACAUGAAAAAUCCUGGCUGUCUGGAAUUUUGUUAACAUUGUCAGGUUAGUGGUGUUGAACAUGAGUAAUUCUGAUGUUCUUUUUUGUGUAGCACUUUAAAAUGUAGUCUUAGUUAUCAGUUGUUAAAAUGUCUGUCUCAUUUCAAACCAGAAUGUGAUUUGAGUUUGAUUUACUUAUUUCUUUAGGAUUGAUAUAGAUUUUAAGUGGACGAAGAUAGUGUGCAGUAAUAAGGCUGCUACUCCUCAUCUCACUGUAUUAGGCAAGCAGGAUUUCAGUACCCUAUUCUGACCUCCACUGGAAUAUUUGCAGGUGGAGUUCAGGUCACUAAAUACAGCUUUGGUACCAAACACAUAGGAUUAGCCAUCUGAAUUUCCGGCCUCGAUGUAAUAGAGUAAGGCAUUUAGUGAGGACAGGUAUUUGAAAGCUUUAGGGUGUGUACGGCAGAGAACGGGGAAACAUUUGUAGAUAAGUUUUAUCAUCAGAUUUCAUUUGUGUGAAUAUGGCUUCCAGCAGAAUAUCAAUCAGUACACAUUAUUAACAAACACAGGUUAUUUUCCCACAGUAUUUGCUUAGUUCUUUUCUGGAAUGUGUACAAGGUGGGGACUACAUCCUACUUCAGUGUUACUCCUUUUCUGUACCCACCAUUUGUCAUAGGGAAUGCAGCUUCAGAUGUUUCAGCUCUGUGAUUCUGAAACUGUGUUCAUUCGUGAAGUUAUGACCACACAAAAGAUACCUAGUUUAAGAUUCCCUUCACUUGUUUCCAUUAUCGUAGUCUUCAUUUGUCAGAAAUAAAUUAGUCAGGGUCAUUAUUCAGAAACCAUUGGUGGAAAGUUUGACGAUGGGUGAAAUGUAGAGUGGAAUUUGGCAUCUAUGCAGUGUGCCCACUCAGAUGAUGUACUGAAGGAAGACAUAUUUCUGAAGAACUGGACAUCUUUGCACACUUAUUGUUGGACAGAAAACUUAUAUAUCCUUUCAAAUCCCUGCUAUCAAUUAAAGGCGGUUAGAGGUGCUUUAUUAAGAACAGCCUCAAAGGCUUAACCAUGUUUUUGAACGUUGUCCAACUUAAGUAUAAUUAGAUUAGAAUUUGAGGUAGCAUUGAUGGUGCUUUUAUAAUUACUUUGUUGCAAUGGCUAGCAGACCUACUACCUCAGUUGUAGUCACCAAGUUGUCUUUGUGGAGUUUUCUGUAAUUGUAUAGGUACCCAACCCCCACAUCCCAGUCUGUAGGUUGGUGGUUAAUGACCACUGUAAAUCAAGUGGAUGGUUGAAUCUUUGGGAGGAAGGGAUGGAAGCUGAUGAAACUGUGGGGAGAAUAUAGUGGUGUUUGAUGGUUUCGCAUUUAGUGGGCCAAAGGGCACAUUUCCAUGAGAAUCAAAAAUACUAAAAGAGCAACUGCAUUUUAUGAGAUUAUAUAGAUGCCAGGGACAGACAAAUGCCAAUUUUGUGCCACAAUGGAAGUAGUCUUUAGAAAUCUUACAAGCAGCUGAUGUGAAAAUGUCACAGAGAUACAGUACAGAACUUUGGAAAGGAGUAGCAGCAUUAUUCUGGAACAAUCCAUGCUGGUAUGGUUUGGAGCUUGAUUAACACUGACACUAAUGUCCCUCACCUCAAUGAGAAUAGAGGGGAAAAUAAAGAUUGUUUGCUGCCUCACAUUCAUUAACAUGCACUGUCUUCAAAGGAACAACAGACCUGUUUAUACAUCUGUUAUCACUUCAAGAGUAUCUGGGUUUAAUGUAGACUUGUACUGAAUUGACAGUGAAUUUAAUGUAAAACUGCUGUAAAUAUUCAAAUUGUUCUAUGUUGUGGAAAGGAAUCCAGCUGUAGACACUUUAAAUUGAAAGUUUUUGUAAGUUUUAGUUUUCAUUAAUAAAAUGCU